AUGGACCUAGAAUCUCUGGGUGCGAACUGUAUGAAUGCGUAUUAUAAGCAUCCACAGUAUCCAGAUGGUCCGCCGCGCCAGGUAACACGCGCGGGAGACAGAAUUAUGUGCAAACUGAUGGUAGGAGCAUUAUAUUUUAUGAAUGACAACAGUUGGCCUACGCGCGGAGGGAGUAUGGGGGUUAGUAAUGAUGAUGAGCUGAGGGAAUAUGUCAGAUGUGCCAUUGUCAAUAUGUAUAUGGACAUACUGAAGGAAUCAUCAUGUGGUGGCGAAUGGGGUUUAUAUUAUGCAUGGUACACCAUGAAACAGCUGGAAGAAGGGCCAGGGGGUGGUUUAAUAAGCCAAGGUAAAUGUGGACAGGGAGUGUUUGAAAACAUAAAAGCGUCAGAGUGGGAUAUGGGCAAGAAAAUUAAGGACUGGCUAUGGCAGAAUUCACGGACGACACGAACAAUAGCAAGAUCAGGUCUAACAUCCAAGUGUAGUAAAGCAAUUUCGGACAUCGAUAAAGUGCACAACGCAGGAACAACAGAUAGUUUGAAUGUUCUGAAGGAAGGACUCGAGAAAGAAAUAGGGGACACCUUAAAGGCAGCCAUGAAAAGCGUUAUGACGCAAAUCAGGAAAGAAGUUAAGGCAAAAAUAAAGGGCUCGGGGGAUAAAGCACCUGGUUCCACACUAGAACCCCCAUCUGACUCUGAGGAAGAUGACACAGGGGAAUUGUCAGAUUCAGAAGAAGAUAAAGAACAGGACCACUAUUCAAGCUUACCAGCGUCAUCGUCUCUCCCAGGGGCAUCCACGGGACGAGCGUCCACCAUUUCCAAAUCAGCCGGAGGGGUAGCCGCCGCUAAACCCCCCGACGCACGUGCAACAACACAGGCUACAGAAACGCCGACAACACCAUCACCCAAGGAACCGACAGGUAAACCACGUGCAGGACCCGAACUCGGGGAUACCGGAGGAGAAAGGUCACAGUCGGUACCGAAAGCACCGGCAUCCCCAGUAUUACCAGCCAGACCACCACCACCUCCACCACCACGUAGACCAUCGACACCAAGACAAGGUUCAGACCCAGGACGACAGGCAGCAGGCACAGCUGGGGCGUCGACAGACACGAAGGUUAAGGAUUCGGAUGCAAAGCCCCCAGGUACGGCGCCAUGUCCCGACAGCAACAGCACAUCUGGCGGUGUCUCCAUUAGGUGCGGCAGUACCUCAGAUAGUGAUCUGGGGCUGACGGAUGAUGUUCGGAAACUCCUGCAGGCACAGGACACGAGAGAGAACGCGCCCACUAGUCCUAACCCAAGUUCAGGGACAGGUGAAUCUAGCAGUGUGCACACAGCACAUUCACUCAAACAAGAGUUAAAAAAACAAGAAAAAAAAAAUGAAACAACAAUUUUCCUGAGAGAGAGGGAGAGACACCACGGAGAGAGAGAAACCACGCAGAGAGCGAGAAACCAAACGUCGAAUAAGAAUGCAAGCGGCAGAGCGAUCGGCCAAGCCACGGGUAAUGAUCCUCCCGCAGUAAGGACGACUACUAAUCAGGAUCCAUCAGUAGCCACAGCAGCACCCGCACCGGGACCAGCACCACCCCAGAACCCAGCAUCAACAACAACAUCAACUUCCAGUGGACCAGAAGGGGCACCAGCAUCAUCCAGUGCAGCACAACCGGGACCCCCUGGCGGCUCUGACCAGAAUGCGGGAGCUCAGGGGACACAGGGAUCAGACCCUAUGUUCCAUUCCGAGCCAAUAACGGAUUCACCCGCGUGGUAUACAGAAUUCGACACAGGAGGCACGGGCACAACAUCCUCUGGUGGUACACAGCGUGAUAGCGCAGACGGUGCACAAAACGCAGGUGAUGUAAAGAGCGGUAACCUAGACUGCACCAACAAUACGCCUGAUAAGGGGUGUGGCCCUUAUUUCUCACUAACCUUCACACCCGAUGCAACUAGUCUAGGUGGAUCCUUUGUACCACCUAAUCCAGAGUCUGAAAUACACGUUCUACACGCUGAUACCCGCUAUCCACCCAAAGAAGGUGGCCCAGAUGUUCCUGACCUAACCGACACCGUCCUUACCGCCACUACCCCCAUCCUGUUGUUCGUCGCUGCCGUUAUCGUCGCCCUUCUUGGUUAUUCCCUUUGGAAAAUAAGUGCACACACAAGCUCAUGCACAACACGCACACAACGCAUAAAUACGGCACAAAUAUAG